CUCGGCCCCUGGGAACAGCAGGGGAGCCCGGGCACCCCCUGGCUGGCGAAGAUGGAGUUGCAACAUCGAGUUCCCACGCUGGGCAACGGCGCCCCCCGGGUGGUCAGGAGGGAGGCUGACUGGAGAGGCUGGUGCGUCCUCCGGCAGGGAGAGCUGGGUGCGCGCGAGGGAUGGGCCGCCGGCAGCCGUUGGGGCGCGACGCUGGUGGCCGUGGGAGAGCCGGCGGCUGCAGCGCAGGGUCAGAGAUCAGGGCCAACCUAACACAGAGCCAGGCCCCGGGCCCACCAUGGCUUCUUACGAUGUGGCGGGACCCGAAGGAGGCGCCUUCGUGCGUCGCGGGCGCAGCGCACCCACCAAGAAUCAACCCAAACGCUCCGCGGCGUCCAUCCACGGGGUGCAGCCAGGAGCCAAAGGGAAAGCCAAGACGGGCCCAGACCAGAAGCUAGAUGAGUCCGUGACCCCGACCAUGCUCGAGGGGGAGGCCAUCACCGAAGAGGAGAAGGAGGCCAUCCAGAAGCGCGCGGAGGGCCGCACCAAAGUCCCGCCCAAGUUCACGGACAGCAUCAAGAAGUUCUUCUUCUCGCCCACCGGGGCGCUGAAGAUCGUGAGGCUGGGUCUUCUCAUAGGAGCACUAACUUGUUUCAUCGUCGCCGAAGCCCAGGAGUCAUUCAUAGCAAUCACCACCCUGGAAAUCUUCAUCAUUAUUUUGUUUAUUCUCAUAUAUAUGCUAACCCUUCACCACUUGCUGACUUACAUACACUGGCCCUUACUUGAUCUUAUCAACAGUUUCAUUACCACCAUCUUCCUUUUAGUCGUGGCCAUCUUGACAAUGAGGGAAAAGGAAAGGAGACAAUUAUUCUACAUCGGAGGGGCCCUGUGUCUUGCGGUGGCCAUCGUGUGUCUCGUGGAUGCGACCCUGGUCACCAAGAUGGUGAGGAAUGCCAUAAAGAAAGCCCUGGGCAUCGAAGGCAAAGCUGCAGCGGCCACCCCAGCCAAGGAAGAACCUGGCCAGCAGCAGCCCCAAGAGCCCCAGCAGGAGCCCAAAUCCGACCAGCCCCAAGAACCCCAGCAGGAGCCCAAACCCGAGCCUGGGAAGCCGCCCAGCCCUGUGUCCUUGGAGCCAGCCGCCAUGGGAUCCUAG